UUUGACAAACUUAUACCAAAUACUGCAGAAGCAGUCUUGCAAAAAAUGGAUGACAUGGAGAAGAUGCGUAGACGGCGAAUGAUGGAAGACCUUGGGGUGUUCCACGAUGAGAACCUCGAUAUGUAUGCACAAGGAAAGAAAGAAAUCCAAAGAGCUGACAAAGAAAUAGCUGAUAAUCAAGAAGAGAAAGAUGAUGGUGAAGACACUCGAAAGCGUUAUGACUUUCGACAGAGGAAAACCGUUGAGCGCUAUCAAGCUCCAUUGGAAAAACCAAGACAACGUAAGAGAGAUUUUUCGGGCCGGUCUUCACCUGUCAGACAGAGAUACUCAUUUAGAAGUGCUCAGUCAGAAGGCUCUUGCUGCAAAAGAGCUAACAGACGGAGACACGCAGUCCACAACACAGAUUCCACAUCCGCUUCAUCCACAUCUGAUGACGAAGAGCGUUUUGAGAGACAUAGGAAGCGCAGCCAUAACAGAAAUUUAAGAAGGUGUCUUCCACUAAACUUUCGAAACGAUGAGCUAAAGGGAAUUCACAAGGAUCGAAUGAAAAUUGGAGCAAGUCUGGCUGAUGUUGAUCCAAUGCAAAUAGAUUGUUCAGUGCGAUUUGAUGGUGUGGGUGGUCUUUCUGACCACAUUUCAGCUUUAAAAGAGAUGGUCGUUUUUCCACUGCUUUACCCAGAAGUCUUUGAGAGAUUCAAAAUUCAACCUCCAAGAGGCUGUCUAUUCUAUGGUCCGCCAGGGACUGGAAAGACACUGGUUGCUCGUGCGCUUGCUAAUGAAUGCAGCCAAGGUGAGAGGAGAAUAGCCUUUUUUAUGCGAAAAGGUGCCGACUGCCUGAGUAAAUGGGCGGGGGAAUCUGAACGACAGCUUCGGUUAUUAUUUGAUCAGGCCUACCAGAUGCGACCUUCAAUUAUCUUCUUCGAUGAGAUAGAUGGCCUUGCUCCUGUGCGGUCCAGUGAACAAGACCAAAUUCAUAGCUCUAUUGUGUCAACUCUUCUGGCCCUUAUGGAUGGCUUAGACAGCAGAGGAGAGAUUGUGGUCAUUGGAGCCACCAACAGGCUGGAUUCUAUAGAUCCUGCUUUACGAAGACCCGGCCGCUUUGAUCGAGAGUUCCUCUUCAGCUUGCCAGAUAAAGAGGCUAGAAAAGAGAUUUUCAAGAUUCACACACGAGAUUGGACCCCAAAGCCAUCGGACAUGUUUCUUGAAGAGCUAGCUGAAAAAUGUGUUGGGUACUGUGGUGCUGAUAUUAAAUCCUUAUGUGCUGAAGCUGCCCUCUGUGCUUUGCGCCGCCGCUAUCCUCAGCUAUACAAAAGUAGCGAGAAACUGCAGUUAGAUGUUGCUUCUAUCAAAAUAACAGCAAAGGAUUUUGUCAUGGCAAUGCAGAAGACUGUUCCAGCUUCACAGAGGGCUGUGGCUUCACCUGGGCGAGCGCUAUCAUCUGUUUCAAAACCACUGCUUGAAAACACCUUAGCAAGAAUUUUACAAGCCUUGCAGAGAGUAUUUCCCCACGCAGAGUUUGCACUACAGAAGGACUUCCUCAAUUUUAGCAGAAAUGCUUAUUACCAGCCAACAUCUUGCAGGCCACGGUUCUUACUAGUUGGAGAGCCAGGAUGUGGGCAAGCUUCUCAUUUGGCACCUGCGGUAAUACAUGCCCUGGAAAAGUUUCCAGUUUAUACGCUAGACCUACCUGCUUUGUUUGUUACCGCCACAUCACCGGAAGAAACAUGUGCACGGUUGAUGCGAGAAGCUCAAAGAACAGCGCCGAGUAUCAUUUAUAUCCCACAUAUCCAUUUGUGGUGGGAGGCUGUUGGAGCUACACUGAAAGCUACUUUUACAACACUGCUGCAGAACAUUCCAGCAUUUGCUCCAGUUUUGCUGCUUGCAACAUCCGAUGUGUGUCACGCAGAUCUCCCAACAGAGAUAAAAGAAUUGUUUAUUGAUGAUUAUGAAGAAGUUUUCAAAAUCCAGUUGCCUAAUGAGGAAGAAAGAAGAAUGUUUUUUGAGGACUUAAUUGUAAAUCAAGCUGCUAAAGCUCCUGCAUCAAAAAACAGUGCAGCGUGGCGGCCAUUGGAAGUGCUGCCUGUAGCACCACCGCCUAAGCCUCAACAGCUGACUGAGGAAGAAAUCAACCAACUGGAGGAGCAGGAGGAGGACACGUUGCGUGAACUUAGGAUUUUCUUAAGGGAUGUGACUCAUAGACUUGCCAUUGACAGACGUUUCAGAGCAUUUACAAAGCCUGUUGACCCAGAGGAGGUACCUGAUUAUGACGCAGUUAUUAAACAGCCCAUGGACCUGUCGGCAAUUCUCUCUAAGAUUGACUUGCACCAGUACCUAACUGCAGGAGACUUUUUAAGAGACAUCGAUCUAAUCUGUAGCAAUGCUUUAGAGUACAACCCAGAUAAAGAUCCUGGAGAUCGUCUCAUUAGGCACAGAGCUUGUACUUUGAGAGAUACUGCGUAUGCCAUAGUGAGGGAAGAAAUAGAUGAAGACUUUGAACAACGCUGUGAAGAAAUUCAAGAAUCUCGUAAGAAAAGAGGUUGUAGCUCUUCAAAGUAUGCUCCCUCUUACUACCGUGUAAUGCCAAAGCAGAACUCCGUUCCUGGGUGUACGAAAACAGACCCAAAGUGUAAUGAAAAAAUGAAGAUAGCAGCAGCACCUGUAGAUGCCAGUACGCCCCAAACUUGUGUCGUUCCAGAUUCGUGGGUACGCCGUACGACUCGUGGGAGACAUUCUCAGGCAGAAGAGCAACAGGUGACGUGUGCCGAUAAAGCCAAGGAAAUUCUCACACAGCCAGUGAUUGUGGAUUACUAUGAGCUCAAACAACUGUUGCGUUAUGUCACGGCAGUAACUAAAAAGUUCACUAUAUUUUGCAUGGAAAAACUAUACGCUGUUCUGAGUCAGUCCAUAUACCAACAUCGGGAAGAUUAUGACAAAACUGAAUUAGUGCAGGAAAUGAAGAAAGAAAUUGCAGCCUUCAGUUAUGUCCCCCAGCUGCUGGACAUGGUGGUGUCCCCAGUGGUACCUCUGGCCUCUCUGACAUUUUCUGGCUGUCUCAUCAUCUUUCCUGAGUUUGAAAUGUAUGUUGUGCGCAAACCACCACCAAGGAACCCUCCCAGGAGAAACGUUGCUGGUGAGGACAAGGAGAAGAAAGAAGAAGUUUUGCCAGGUCUCAACCAGGACAGAAAAGCGGCAUUUCCUGAACUGUCCUCGCUUGCCUGUUCGACACUGACUCAAAGUGAAGCCCCACAGCUCCAGGACAUAAAGGAGACGGAGAACAGGGUGAAGUCUUGGCUCAGGAGAGCCCCAGCGUGGCCUCCUGAGCUGCGCAUGGGGACAGCCGUGUGUCAGCCGAGGGUCUUGGCUCAGGGGGUUUCCUCUCCGGAGCUGAGCGCAGCCACUGGCUGA